GGUAGGACGCUCCGUCAUGUUGUAUGUGGUCAGCUGCGUGGUUCUGCUGGCAACGACCUAUUUGUUCUUCGAUAAAGUUCUCAGGUGUUUAAAGGUCGGUAACUAUGGCAACAAGUAUGUUUUUGUUACCGGAUGUGACUCGGGCUUCGGACAGCGACUAGCCAUCCGUCUAGACGGCCUAGGUUUCCACGUAUUUGCUGGAUGUCUGACAGAUGAAGGAAGAAAAUAUUUAAGCUCCAACUGCUCCAAACGUCUUGUGACGGUACAUUUGGAUGUGACACAAACUAAAAGCAUCCAAGAUGCACUGGGCCUUGUUAAAAGAUCACUGCCAGAAAAUACGGGUCUGUGGGGCUUGGUUAACAAUGCCGGUAUAGUAGGCAUGAUGGGAGCCAGUGAACUCUGUAGCACUGAAGAUUAUAUGCAGGUGUUUUCUGUCAACUUGUUUGGUGCUAUGAACGUGUCAAAGGCGUUUCUACCUCUUCUGAGGAAGGCGGGUGGUCGGAUUGUAACAAUAACAAGCAUGCUUGGGAGAAUCGCCGUUUUCGCGUCCCCUUACACGGUGUCGAAAUUCGCAUUGGAGGGUUAUAUGGAUCUGCUCAGACGUGAGCUAUACAACAGAGGGGUGAGGGUGAUCCUGAUUGAGCCCGGGGCGUUCAAGACGCCUAUAUUUGAUGUCAAGAAAAUCGUCGGAGACGUGAAGUCGGCCUUCAGCGAGGCAACAGCUGAAGUCAAGGAUACGUACAAGACUGUGGUCUCUAGCUUAGAAGAACAUAUUUCCAAAGUUGUCGCUUCCAGCAACACCAACAUCGACCUUGUGGUGGACGACUACAUCCACGGCCUGACCUCCAUGUUUCCCAGGACCAGGUACUCACCUGGACCUGACGCCAAAAUGUUUUACCUGCCCGUCUCCUACCUGCCGACACGCUUCAGUGACUGGCUGCUCCAGCUGCCUUAAGGUUGUGACGUCACAUACCUGUGUGAGGUGUCCACCCACUUUAUUUGGAUGGGCUACUUCAACACAGUCAUCGCUCAUUUACAUCCAAGAUUAAACUAAUUAUUGACUACCACAAUCAAAUUGUCUCCUACACACAUGACUAAUACAAGCAUUGCUACUGCAAGUAUGGCUACUACAAGCAUAGCUAGUACAAGCAUGACUAAUACAAGCAUAUCUACUGCACGCAUGGUUACUACAAGCAUAGCUACUGCAAGCACGGCUAUUUCAAGCACUUCUUUUGCAAGCAUGUGUGCUUUAAGUGACACUUUUGUUGCACAAAAAUUACUAUCAGAUUAAAAAUUCAUCGAAUAAUGUAUUUAAUCCUCUACUGCCGCUAGGAUUAAAAACAGUGCUGAGAGUUACACUAUGCACUUCUAAACCUACAGAUUUUUCUGACUCGUGCUUUU